ACUUCCCUUUGAAAAUGGAGGGUAGGUGGGGGUGGCCGUUGCUUGUUCUAUAAUAGACUUUUUCGAAAGCCAAAGCCACCGAAUUCGAUUCACCAACCCUUCUCUCUAAUCUCUCUCUGUUCGUUUGCUGUGUGAGAGAGAGAGAGACAGUGAUCGAUGGCUUCGUCGUCUCUCUCAACGAAGCCAUUUCUGGGUUCCUCAAGAACUGACGGCUUCUCUGGACUCCGUCUCCUGCCCUCACAUCUUAUUCCUUCCUCCGUACACAUCUCCAUCCGUACCCGCAGUCCAAAGAAGCUCCAGAUUCAGGCUGCUGGCAAUACAUUUGGGAAUUAUUUUCGCGUAACAACUUUUGGAGAAUCUCAUGGGGGUGGUGUUGGUUGUAUCAUUGAUGGAUGCCCUCCUAGAGUUCCCCUCUCAGAAGCCGAUAUGCAAUUCGAUCUGGACAGAAGGAGGCCAGGCCAGAGCCGAAUUACUACCCCGAGGAAGGAGACUGAUACUUGCCGGAUACUUUCAGGCGUUGCUGAAGGACUUACUACCGGAACGCCAAUCCUUGUCCUUGUACCUAACACUGAUCAGAGAGGACAUGAUUACAGCGAAAUGGCAAAAGCUUAUAGGCCUUCUCAUGCUGAUGCAACUUAUGACAUGAAGUAUGGUACCAGAGCCAUACAGGGUGGCGGUAGAUCUUCAGCAAGAGAAACUAUUGGAAGAGUUGCUGCUGGGGCUGUUGCCAAAAAGAUCCUUAAGAGCCUUGCAGGAAUUGAGAUUCUUGCUUAUGUCUCUCAAGUUCACAAGGUUGUACUUCCAGAGGGUUUGGUUGAUCAUUACAGUCUGGCACUUGAUCAGAUUGAGAGUAAUAUUGUUAGGUGCCCAAAUCCAGAAUAUGCUGACAAGAUGAUUGAAGCUAUAGAUGCUGUCCGUGUGAAAGGAAAUUCUAUCGGCGGCGUUGUUACGUGCAUUGCGAGGGAUUGCCCACGUGGGCUUGGUUCACCAGUCUUUGACAAACUAGAAGCAGAGCUGGCCAAAGCUGUUAUGUCAUUACCUGCAACAAAGGGCUUUGAGUUUGGCAGUGGCUUUGCAGGUACUCUUUUGACUGGCAUUGAACAUAAUGAUGAGUUCUACACUGAUGAACAUGGAAAAAUCAGGACAAGAACAAACCGCUCUGGUGGGAUACAGGGAGGAAUAUCGAAUGGGGAAAUCAUAAAUAUGAGAGUAGCUUUCAAACCAACGGCUACCAUUGCAAAGAAGCAGCUUACAGUUGCUAGAGACAAAAAAGAGAUGGAACUAAUAGCUCGUGGUCGUCAUGAUCCUUGUGUUGUCCCACGAGCUGUACCGAUGGUAGAAGCCAUGGUAGCUCUGGUGAUUUUGGAUCAAUUGAUGGCACAACAUGCACAAUGUAAUCUGUUUCCAAUCAACCCAGAUCUACAAGAACCCUUGUUUUUGCCAAGGCUCGAUGAUGGGGUUGCCGAGCACGAGCACGAGCACGAUGACCUUGUGGUUGGGUGAUUGAGAGUUGGAUUAUUACUGGGCUUUUUUAUUAGUUUGUAUUUUAUUUGUUUUAUUGUUGAGAAUAACUUCUAUAGAAACUUUGCACAAACUUAGUCCUUUGUACCCUCCAAUAAUGAGAGAAUGACACAUUAGCGUGGAAAACCAAAUAUAAUAAAGUCUGAAAAUACCAGAUUUUUCUUCAA